UCUCUCUUUGAGACAGGGUCUCCCUACGUAGUCCAUGCUGGCCUGGACUCAGUAUGUAGCUCAGACUGGUAUCAAAUUCACAGCAACCCUGUUGAAACAUCCAAAGUGGACAACUAACAUUCUCAAAACAGAUCUUGAGUACCUAACCCUAGCACUCUGGGAGGCUGAAGCUGGAGGGCCCCCAAGUUUUAGCACAGCCUGGGCAGUUUAGCAAUUCAAUGAGAGGCUGAGUGUAUAAGCCAGGGUGGAGAUUCUGGGUGAAAGGAGGUGGGGGGGCCCUGCCUGCUCCCCAGCACUGCACUCUCUGAUUCACAUGGACACAGCAGCCUGUAAUUGUCAGACCUCUCAGAGGUGAAUCACUUCAAACCCUGGGCAGCCUCAUAUGUAAAAAUACCAGGAUAAAAUUAGACCUUAUCCUAUAGGUUUAGGUGAAGGCACAUGCUUAAUACCUGAUAUUACAUAGUAGUCUCUCAAUAAAAUCAAUUCUCUUAUAUUUGGGCUUUUUUAUUUUUUAAAUUUGGGCAUUUUCUAAAAGAAAACUGCAGCCCAGUGUGGUGGUGCACGCUUAUAAUCUCAACAUUCAGGAGGCGGAGGCAGCAGAAUCUCUAGAAGUUUGAGCCCAGCCUAACUACAUUGUAAACUCAAGGGCAGCCUGAACUUCAUAGGGAGACCUUGUGUCAAAAAAUCCAAUAAUUAACUAAUUAAAAAAUAAAAGGAAACUGCAAUGCCCCAGAACUCUAUGAGUAUCAAAAUUCAGGUCUGUUAGGUUUUUUUUUUUUUUUUUAAACUGGUUUACAUAGUCAUCCAUAUUUAAGAUACAUUGUAUUUCAGUAUAUGCGUACAUUAUAUAAUGAUUGAAACAGGGUAACAGGAGGUCAUCUUUAAAGUCAGAUUUGUAGUUUCCUUGGGGUUUUGGCCAACUGAGGAGGAUACCUUUCUGAAGCCAUUAAUAUUUCAUGUGGAACGACAGCUGUAAAACUUGCUUGGUGGGCCCUAAUUGCAAUGAAUAAUCCAUGAACUCUUUUGAAAUAUAAUUCUUCCAAAUGGGUAGCAUGAUUUGAUUCCAUCCAAUGCAAAAGCACUUUAAAACAUGUUUAAAAAAAUUCCCAAGCCAAUUAGAAAACUGGUUGGUCCAACCACGCGUGGAGAAAUAUGCUGAUUUAUGUAAACACUACCUUUUAUGGAAAGCCUUGGCUGAAAACCAGCUCUAAGAUACUGUGCGACCCCAAGUCACUGGAUGUAUUUUAAGGAUCUUUAAAUAAAAAGCACAUAUUAUGAAUGAUAUAGUGGCAAUUAAUAAGAGAUAAGGUUUUUAAAAAGAUCUGUGUCCAAUAUUGUACACCAGCCUGGACACAUAUUUCACGUACAUGUCUCUUUACAGCACCCCACAAGGCACAGGACCUUUUGUUUUGUUUUAGUACUGGAAUAGGGGCUCAGUCAUAGCCCUACCAUUAAGUUUUUCAUCCUAAAACAACAGAGAAACCCAUCAAUUUUAUUUAAAUAAUUUACAUUUAGGCAUGUUUGUUUAACUGCAAGUCACCAGAUACCUGGUUUUGAGCAUCCUGCUUCCCAGUAGCAUACCACAUUAAUUUAAAAGAUUUUCGAACAUUUUCAAGGUUGACUUACAUAUCUGCCAAACCUGAAUUACAGUCCUGUACAAAUACUCAUCCUUUAUCCUAUCUUUGAUAUUUAUUUCAAAUAAAAGACAACAUCACACCCUCCACUACAUUUUGUGGGCAUCUGCAGUUAACUCAGACUCCAAAGAAUCUCUUUUUCUUCAUGUCUUGUAUCAUAAUUAACGUUUAGUUAAUCGCUUUGGAGCCUAACCGGUUUAGGGAGAAGUCUCUACAAUUAGAUAUAAAACAGGUGGUAAUUAGACUUGGGCUGAGGAGUGUUAAAGCCUUUCUAACUUCCUUUUUGAGAACAGGGGUUAUUUCAUGCAAACUCCACAAAUAAGGAGUUAAAGACACCUUGCAUAUAGAAAAGGCAAAAGGAAUGCAAUCCUCUGAAUGCUUUCCUUCACCUUAGUUGAAAAGUAGUUUUGUUUUUCUCUUUAAUGUGGACCUGUUCAGUUUCAUAGGUGAGAUUUCACACAUUCUGGAAUGGGAAAAGGGUGUUGUGCAGUUUAGUACAUUUAAAACUAUAAACCAGUUGUUUACCAAGGAAGUUAAAAGUGGUGCGUUAGGUGUUUUUUAAGAUAUGCAAAAAAGUAUUUACUGUGAGUUGCUCUAAUUAGUUUCUAACCAAAUACUGUGUUUUUUUUUCUUCAGUCGUCCCCCCCAAAGUAAACCUGAGGUGGUGUGCAUGUGUGCCUGUGUGCGUGUGCCUCUGUGUGUGUGUGUGUGUGUGUGUGUGUGUGUGUGUGUGUGUGUGUGUGCAGGGCGCUUGCGGAGAAUUAGCACACAUCUUGUAGAUCUUAAAAAAAAAAAAAGCCAAUAAACCCGAAUCAGCCCCAAAUACAUGUCAAAGUUACCAAGAAUCUCAAAGGAAACAGGAAUGAACAGCCUGGGAGCUUUGAUUUUUUUUUUUUAACGAAAAAAAUUUUUUUUAAUUUUUAAUUUUAAAAAUCCUAAUUUUUCUCCCCCUCCGGUGGCAGGCGAGCAGCGAAGUUUGGCGGUAGCGAGCGGGCGAGCCGGGGGCCCGGGCGCGGAGCAGGCAGGCCGGGCGGGCGCGGGGAGCGCGGGGGUGAGCGGGAGAGCGAGCGGAGCGCGUGUGGCCGGCGCCGCUCGGCCGGGAGCUCCCGCGCCCGCGCCCCGCGCCCCGCGCCCGCCGCCGCCGCCGCCGCCGCCGCCCCUGGUGCGAUGGCGCAGAAACCCCGUUGACAAGGCACUGCUUUUUCAUGACGUUGUCAUGGAUGAUGAUGAUGACUCGUGUCUCCUCGAUCUUAUUGGAGACCCACAAGCACUGAACUAUUUUCUACAUGGACCUAGUAAUAAAUCUAGCAGCGAUGACUUGACAAACGCAGGGUACCCUGCAGCCAACUCCAACUCAAUUUUUGCCAACUCCACUAAUGCUGAUCCUAAGUCAUCCCUAAAAGGUGUAAGCAACCAGCUUGGAGAAGGGCCCAGUGAUGGGCUGCCACUCUCAAGUAGCCUUCAGUUUCUUGAGGAUGAACUUGAGUCUUCUCCGCUUCCUGAUCUCAGCGAGGACCAACCUUUCGACAUUCUUCAGAAAUCCUUGCAGGAGGCGAACAUCACUGAGCAGACCCUGGCGGAAGAGGCGUACUUGGAUGCCAGUAUAGGCUCCAGCCAACAGUUUGCACAAGCGCAGCUUCAUCCUUCUUCAUCAGCAUCCUUUACUCAGGCUUCUAAUGUUUCCAGUUACUCAGGUCAGACGCUGCAGCCAAUAGGGGUGACACACGUGCCCGUGGGAGCAUCAUUCGCAAGCAGCACAGUGGGUGUGCAGCAUGGCUUUAUGCAACACGUGGGCAUCAGCAUUCCCAGCCAACAUUUGUCUAACAGCAGUCAGAUUAGCGGUUCUGGUCAAAUACAGUUAAUCGGGUCAUUUGGUAAUCAGCCUUCCAUGAUGACUAUUAAUAACCUAGAUGGAUCGCAGAUCAUAUUAAAGGGCAGCGGACAGCAAGCUCCAUCAAGCGUGAGUGGAGGGCUGCUGGUCCACAGACAGACUCCAAAUGGCAACUCCCUCUUUGGGAACUCCAGUUCCAGCCCCGUAGCACAGCCUGUUACUGUUCCAUUUAACAGCACAAAUUUUCAAACAUCUUUACCUGUGCAUAACAUCAUCAUACAAAGGGGUCUCGCACCAAACUCAAAUAAAGUCCCAAUUAAUAUCCAGCCAAAGCCUAUCCAGACAGGUCAGCAAAAUACGUACAGUGUGAACAAUUUGGGAAUCCAGCAGCACCACGUGCAGCAAGGGAUCUCUUUUGCCUCUGGGGGCUCACCGCAGAGCUCCGUGGUCGGCCCACACAUGUCCGUGAACAUUGUCAACCACCAGAACGCCCGGAAGCCCAUCACCUCACAGGCCGUGAGCAGUGCUGGGGGCAGUAUCGUCAUCCACUCCCCUCUGGGCCAGCCGCACACACCCCAAAAUCAGUUCCUCAUCCCCACCAGUCUUGCCGUCAGCUCCAGCUCGGUCCACCAUGUCCAGACCAUCAAUGGGCAGCUUUUGCAGACUCAGCCCCCCCAGCUCCUUCCCAGCCAGGUGGCCUCAGAGCAUGUCAUGCUGAACAGGAACUCCUCCAGCAUGCUUAGGGCCAGCCAACCGUAUUCUGGACCGGUGCUGAACAGCCAAAACGCCCCUGCUGUGCAGUUAGUGUCCGGCCAGACCUUUGCCACCUCUGGCAGUCCCGUGAUCGUCAACCACGCCUCCCCUCAGAUUGUGGGUGGACAGAUGCCCUUGCAGCAGGCAUCUCCAACUGUGUUGCACCUGUCACCUGGGCAGAGCAGUGUUUCCCAAGGAAGGCCUGGCUUCACCACCAUGCCCUCUGUGACCAGCAUGGCAGGACCCAGUCGGUUUCCAGCUGCCAGUUCAGCCAGCACUGCCCAUCCCAGUCUUGGGCCUGCAGCUCAGUCUGGGCCCUCUGGAGCAAACUUUACAGGAGAUCAGCUGGCCCAGCCCAGUAGGACUCCAGCACCAGUCAGCACAUCUCAUCGUCUUCCAGUUCCUUCUUCCAAAUCUACCAGCACCUUCAGUAACACACCUGGUGCAGGAGCUCAGCCGCAGUUCUUCUGCCAGGCUCAGAAAAAGAGUUUGAAUCAAACCUCCCCUGUUUCCACUUCCAAGGCUGCAGAUGGCCUGAGGCCAGCACAGAUCCCCGGGCUCCCAAGCACCGUGCUGCCAGGGCAGGAUGCAAGCAGCAAAGUGAUGCCAGCAUCCUUAGGAACUGCACAGCCACAGUCAGAGAAGGCGAUGGGGUCGUCUCCUGGGCAACCAGCCGUGCAGGUGGACAGUCACUCAGGAGGACAGAAGAGGCCAGCCACAAAACAGCUCACAAAAGGCGCUCUAAUCCUCCAGCAGCUACAGAGGGACCAAGCCCAUGCCGUGACCCCCAACAAGAGCCAGUUCCGCUCACGCAGCGAUGCAGUACAGAGGCUGCUCUCCUACCACGUGUGCCAGGGCUCCAUGCCCACCGAGGACGACCUGAGGAAAGUGGACUAUGAGUUUGAAACAAUCGCCACUCAGCUCCUAAAAAGGACACAAGCUAUGCUUACCAAAUACAGAUGCCUGCUUCUCGAAGACGCCAUGCGAAUCAAUCCCUCUGCCGAGAUGGUGAUGAUCGACAGAAUGUUCAACCAGGAGGAGAGAGCGUCUCUGUCCCGAGACAAGCGCCUGGCACUUGUAGACCCCGAGGGAUUUCAGGCCGAUUUCUGUUGUUCGUUCCAACUGGAUAAAGCCGCUCAUGAGACACCGUUUGGCAGGAGCGAGCAGCAUGGAGGGAAAGCGGCCAGCUCACUCCACCUGGCAGCCAAGGCCCAAAGCAGAGACCGAGCCAAGCCAAACCUGACAGAACCAACGAAUCAUGACCAGUUUCAUCCGGUGCCUAAUCACAUCGUGGUCUCCGCGGAGGGAAACAUCUUGAAGAAGUCGGAGUGUCUCGGCAAAGCGGGCUUGGCACAUUACCGGAGCGCCUGUGAUGACAAGGGCAGCCGCAGAGACCUCAGGAAGGGCCCUGAGUGCUCCCCCGGGCCCGAGGGCCACCUCAGAACCUUGUCCCGCACGGACCACGGUGCCGAGAGCAAACUGUCCAGCAUCCUCGCAGAUUCGCACUCGGAGAUGACGUGUAACAACUCCUUCCAGGACAAAGCUCUGAGGAACUCCCCAAAGAAUGAGGUCCUGCACACAGACAUCAUGAAGGGAUCUGGGGAGCCGCAGGCCGACCUCCAGCUCACCAAGAGUUUAGAAACCACAUUUAAGAACAUCUUGGAACUCAAAAAGGCCGGGCGGCAGCCCCAGAGUGACCCAGCAGGGAGCAGCUCUGUGGAGCUCGAUUUCCCCAGCUUCUCUCCAAUGGCUUCCCAGGAAAACUGCCUGGAGAAGUUCAUCCCGGACCACAGCGAAGGUGUCGUAGAAACAGACUCCAUUUUGGAAGCAGCUGUAAAUAGUAUCCUAGAGUGUUAAUAGCGGCAGCCGCCCUCCCUCCCAGUGCAGACCAGUUAGCUGCUCCCCAGCGGAAGCAGCGGCCGCGGCCUCGUCUCGCCUGCUUUCAUCUUUCAGCGCAGGUUUCCUUUCUCUCCCAGCCCGCCCUUGGUUUCAGAGCAAUACUCUCGCGGUUACAGGGAGAUCCUGGAGGAAAGUGACCCUCGGUAGAAAGCAGUCUGCUAGGCCCACACAUUCAAGUAUUCUGAAAGCGCGACGGUCCUUUCUGUCUGUCUGUUUGUUUUUUGUGUCUUUAUUUUAAAACACUGUCACUCAGUGAGUCCACAGUACACUUGGCCCUGGGAAAAUUUUUGACAAUCAGAAGUCUUUUGAGAAGAACAGACUUAUUAAAGAAAAUCAAAUAGGACCGAUAGAAGCUACUUUUUAAGAGUAUCCUACCGUAGCUCCUAAUUGCUGUUGGUUUUCUGUUUUGUUUUGUUUUGUUGUUUUUUGUUUUUUGUUUUUGGCCUUGUUUCCAUUUUGGGGAUUUUAGGUAUCGAAGACCACGAGGUUGCUCCCCGAUCAGCCCUUGCUGACCCCCAAGCCAGGAGUGCAGACAGGAUGAGGUGCUGCUUUUGGGGUGCUUUUGGGGCUCCUGGGCACCUGUGCUGAGUCCAUCCAGGGAGAGCUCUCUUUGCAGCUGCAACAGCAGGGCCCAAAGUGAGCCCCAGGCCACAGAAGGACGGAGCUGGGCUAAGUGGCACAGUGUAGAGGGGAGGCCGGAGCAGAGCCAUGAGGAUGGUAAUAUGUAUAUAUGUAAAAGCAUAUAUAUGUUAACUACUGCGAACAAACAAGAGUUUUGCAUUUUGUAAUUGGGUAGAGUCAACAUACAGUGUAUGUUUUGUCCCUUACUGGGUUGUGUUUCCUGACCCUCUGUACCCGCUUCACAGCAAACAGCCAAACAUCAGAAGCACUUUCAUUAGAAAACUGUGUUGUAAUUUUUCAGUUUAAACUUGAAGGGGACUUUGGCCUUGUUGAUGCUCCUUGUCGUCGGAGAACAGUAGUCACCCUGGCAGCAAUCAUUACCAAAACACAGACAAACCAAAGGUAACCAGCCAGCCCAUCACUGCACGGAGAGCUGCGACCCGGCUCCCCAGAGCCAAAGGACACACCCAGCCAGCCUCUGUGUUUGGCCGUGUUCAUGUCUGUGCACAUGACUUCCUGCUUUAUUUAUUACACUUCUUUUCAGGGAAUGUUCCCUACUUUCCUCUCUUGUACACCUGCCCCACGUCGCCCCAUCGCUGUGGUGGUUUUGGUCCUGCUACACAGUGGUCCCCCUUCUCCAGGGGCGCAGGGGUCUGCGCUGUUGGGUCACAGCCUGCACACCCUCAUCGCCUCUCCGCUGCCUCCCUGGCCAGAGGAGCACCCACUGGUCUCACGCGGAUGUGUCCUCAAACGGGGUGCCCCCACUGUCACCGUGUUGGGCCCGCAGUGGGAAGGAAGGUUUCCGAUUAUCCAGAAACACAGCCGCAGAAGACCUGCGCCCUGCGCCCCCACUCACCGCCACAGAGACGCCUGCCAUGGCCAGGCUGCGUGAGAGCGGCGUAGCACACCUUCUCCUGCCCCACCAAGAGGGAAAAGCUGGGCCCGCCAAGGCCUCCACUGCUUCCUUGCUUGUGCCAAUGUCCGCGUGGCAGGUCCCUUCCUGCAUUAUAGCCUGUUAGAGAAGUUGGUAUUGCCAGUUGCACCUUUAUGUUGGGGCAGCCUUGGUUUAACAGCUACCUGUAUGUAACCCCAGGAUUUUACUAGUACUCCUUCUAAUUCAAAUGGUCCCCACCAAUCAAAUUCUUCUGACUGUGGAACUUUCUACCUGGAAGCCUUCAUGUGGGCUGCUAAUGAAUUGCAUUAAUUACUGCAAAUCAAUGAAAUUCUUUUGCUUUUUUUUUCGGUACUGGGGAUCAAACCCAGAAGCAGUCUACCACUGAGCUCCAUCCCCAGCCCUUUUUAACUUUGUCUGUUUUUAUAAGACACAGUCUCAUUAAAUGGCCCAGGUGAGACUCAAAACUUGUGAUCCCUCCACCUCAGCCUCCCAAAGUGCUGGGAUCACAGGUGUGUGCCACCUCGCUCAGCUUUGGUUUUGUUUUAUUCUGUUUGGGUACCGGGAAUUGAACUCAGGACCUUGCGCUUGCCAGGCAGGAGCUGUGCUGCUGAGCUGUAUCUCCGGCCCCGUUUUGUUUUGUUGAGAUGGGGCCUAAGUUGCCCAAGCUGGCCUCAAACUUGCGCUUUGCCCUGCCUCAGUCUCCCUAGAAGCUGAGAUUACAGGCAUGCACCACCACACCUGGCUCGGUGGAAUUCUUAAGAGAGGAGAUAAGCCUCGUGUGCAUUUGUCACCUCUGCCCUGAUUCCCCAAUCCUGGCUUCUUUCUCUAUGCCAUCUUAAAGCAUUUUUUUAAGUCCUCCCACUUACCCCACAGACAGAGAGCCUGAUUACCAAAAUGAAGCAUGUAAAUCUGUGUCCUUGUAUGUAAGCUUACUUUUUGUGGAAGGAAAAAGAGUCUAGAUAAUGACAAAUGAAGAUUACAGUUGUAUUUUACCCUGUCCUUAGGUUCUGUUCCUGGGGUCCCCGUGUGGUGUGGCGCCCCCUCUGGCAAGGGUGGGAGAGUGCAACCUCUGAUAGCCAAGAUUCAGUUGUCGGGGUUUGAAAGUUCAGUUUCAGAACGACUUGUAUUCAGUAACAAAAAUCAUUUUCUUCCUUUCUUUCUUUUUCCAUUUGUUGUGCAAGUGUGUGAAUGUGUUAUUACCCAUUUGAUUUUCUGUGUCCUUAAGUACUGUCUGAAGCUGAGGCAAAUUUUAAGCUGGCAAUUACGAAAAAGGAGUAUUUUCAUUGGGAAGAAUUCAGUAGACUGUUAGAUUAGGGAGGCCUUACAGACUGACUUGACUGCAAGAGGACGUGUCACUCACUGUCAGUGUGGUGGGGGCUUUAUUUGCUUAAAUACCUUCAUUUGUAUAGUAUGUCUCACUUGAAAUUGCUUUGUAUACAUUUUGUAAAAAUAUUUAUAAAAUGUUUUGUAAAAAAAAGUAUAACAAAUCGCAGUUUAUUUUGUUAUGUUGGAUAAAUACUGUUAAAAAGAAACCAGUCAGUAACUAUAUUGUUAAUCCAUGGUUAGGAAAUGUUUAGUUGGAGAUUACAAAAUGAAACAACCAUUGCAAUACAGCCAAAGAUUUGGGAAAAUG